AUGAACGCAAACAUGCCACCAGCGUUGAACGAUCAAUCUGCGAGCGACACCUCCAGCAUAAUAUCAUCGCCGCCGCAAUCACCACAGCAUUCAAAUAUAAUUGCCGACGAAAUUACGGUUGCAAGACCACAUCGGCCCACUCCUGCUUUUGGUGAAGGUGUUGGUGCAAGUUUGCACACCCCUACCCCUACCCACAACACCCGUGAACUGCUACCACAACCACMUGCACAGCCGACGACCGCACCAGUCAAGGUCAAGAAGCAACGCAAGCCUAGAGAACCAAAAGAGGCCAAAGUUACUCCCGAUGGCCAGCCUGUCAAAGAAAAAAAGCCUCGCAAACCUCGGGAGCCCAAAGUCAAGACAGAAGGCGCUCCCAACCCAGCGCCUCGCAAGAAAAAAGCCGGAGACAAGACGGCAGCUGCACCUUCAUCCGAUGCUGCCGGUCCUCGCCAAUCAACAUUAAUCGGCCAGUUCUAUCAGCCUGGGCAGCCAGCCAGCGCACCACCACCUCUACAACCACAUUUAUCAACACUUGGAGCAUCUCCGCGACAACAACUUCCACCCGCAUCAGAAAGCAUGUCACACAACAACAUCACACCACAAGCGCCCAUUCAAAUACCGGCUCCACCUUCGCGGCCCUUUUCAAGUGGGCAAAAUUAUGACCCUAUCCGCGGUGCAUAUGAGCAUGCACCUCCACGACCAGCGGCAGUCACCAACGGCGCACUGUCGGCUCAAGCGUCGCCACAAAUCAAUCGAGCGUCCGCGUCACCUUCGAUUCAAAGUCUCAUCGAUCCGCCAAUGAAAACGAGCACGCCCACGCUGUCAUACGCACAGUCGGCAAACCUCCAGUCGAUGCCGCAGCAAACCGCUGCGUUCGUUAAUACGCCAUCCUCGCCCAGAACAAACGCUGCUCCUACAGGCGUCCAAACCAUGCCGCCAAGUCCUCUGCCAACCCAGCACCACCAACCCUCCGUAGCAUCUGGCACGGAUGGUGCCAUGGAUGUCGACAUCCCGCACGAGCCUCCUAAACAACCCGCACUCAAGGCACAGCCACCGUCAAAGUCUUCCUCGACAGCACCAACUCCGAAACAGAGCAAGCCAGUCUCACCACCAGCAAAGGCCGCUUCGAAGGCUGGAGCUGGGGCUGGAAGUGGUCUUCUUUCGAGUAGCAACCUCUUUGGUGGUCCAUCUUCGGAGACAGACUCGGAAUCCAAGGGUCUGACGAUUGAGUUCCAAAUUGCGCUCAACCCGGCUGGAGGUAAUCAGAUCAAUAUCGCCAAAGAGAUCAUCAAGAAGUACGGCAGCGAUGCGAUCGAUCCGCACGCCGCUGCCCACCGCAGCCGUCUCCGUGCAGUCGCGCUGGCACAAAACAAGCUGGAGGCCAACUCCACCGAUGACAUGUCCGUCGACCUUGGCUCUGAGCUGGAUGGUGACAGCAAUGUUGAGAUGGGUGGUAUGGACGAUGAGAGGAGUGGCGCUGGAGGAGAGCCGGCCAAGAAAAGGCGCAAAAAGGUUGAGGAGUACGACAAGGAGGAUGACUUCAUCGACGACAGAGAGCUGGCAUGGGAGGAGAACGCGGCCGUGGCCAAGGAUGGUUUCUUCGUAUACUCUGGACCACUCGUGGCCGAGGGCGAGGCAGCACAGGUGGAGAGCUCGGCGCCCACGCGCGGCAGAGGCGGGGCUAGGGCCAGAGGCAGGGGACGUGGAGGUGCGAGCGCCGCGGCCGCCGGUGCAACCACGAGUACAACUGCAGCAAGAAAAGAUCCAAGUGCUGCAUCUGCCCCAGCUAGAGGUCGAGGCAGCAGAGGUGGGCGCGUUGGAGCCCCGACAGCGAGAAAGCGAGCCACGAAAGCGGAGAAGGAAGCCGAAAAGUUACAGCGCGAACAAUUCCCAGUCCAGCAACCGCCUAAUCCACCACCCGCUCAAGUUCCGACGAUUCCUGUCAAAAGUCCCGCGACUGGAACCGCAUCCACCAUGCCAGCGCCGGUGCAACCUCAGCAUGUGCUGCAUUCGAACUACGGUAGUUCCAUGCCCGGCGAUAAUGUGCAACAGGCGAGAUUGCAGGCUUAG